CACACACAGAAAUAUACACACAUAUUAUAUUUAUUUGUUUCCUUUUUAACUGGUGAUUGCCACAAGAUCUCACUUGUUUAAUGCAUCUCCUCCAAAUCAAAAGUAAGAGAUGUCUUAACUAAAUGACUCAAGCGGUACCAAUUUCUAACGUUUGACAACACUGUUUUUCGGCUUAUCAGCCAACUUUUUCACCAAACACGUAAUUUUUGUAUUCGUGCGCUGAAUUGUGUAACAAGCAAAAAAAGUAAGGUUGAAGUUACUUUUCUGGCUGUAUUGACUGAAGUUACUGUAAAUGACGAUUUUAGCUAUUUUUACAUACAUUUUUUUUUAUUAACAAAAUAUACGGAGUAUCUUUUUUUUUUUAUAAAUCAGCAGAAUCAAUUAGUGCAGCCACUUCAGCCAGAACUUCAUAAAUUUCAGCAGAAUCAGUUAAAUCAGCCGAUUUUCGUGCUAUCAAACGACUCUAACUUUGCCUACAGUCACAUUAAUGAGAUUCUAGGGAGUAUUGAUUAUUUGAGAUAAUGAUUUUGUUAACUAAAUUGUUAGAAUCUCAUUCAAUCACUAGCAUUAACAAGAUGGUUUUUUGUUUCAAAAAAACAAGACCAUUUUCUUCCAUUUGCCCAAAAUGUAGGCUACAUUCAACCACCAAAGAGAAUUGUGGUAGACUGACUGGUAGUUGUAAUAGCCAAAACCUUGAAGCGCUAGCUUCCAACUAUGCAGGAAACAAUCACGCCACGAAACAUACCAAAUCAACAAAUAUAUAUCGUCCACGUGGCCCAAUUAUAACCACCGAUGAAUAUUCAUUUCAACCAUAUAUCUUCUUCCCCUUUAUGAACAAGCAUCACACUUAUCUCCCCAUUGGCCCAUUCCAACAUGACUGGUACUUACAGACUGUCGUCUUCCAUGGAGGCUCUUUCCCUCCGUUCAUCCAUACUCUUCGCAUUAUUCCUCUGUCUCGUCUCAUUCAACGGUGCUGUAUCGUCGGAGGAAUCCCUGGAGACGUUCAUCGUCCACGUGGAGAAAUCCCAGAAGCCGCAGGCUUUCUCUACUCACCGCGACUGGUUUUCCUCGAUCGUUCGUGGCGUAUCUCCUCUCUCCUCCCGGAAACCUAAGAUCCUGUACGCCUACGGCCGCGCCGCCCACGGGUUCUCCGCUCGGCUGACGCGCUUCCAGGCGAGUGAGCUGGGGAAGAUUCCUGGUGUGAUUUCGGUCAUUCCAGAUCAAGUCCGCCAUCUCCACACAACACACACGCCUCAGUUUUUGGGUUUGGCCCAAUCAUUUGGGAUCUGGCCCAAUUCGGAUUACGCAGAUGACGUCAUCGUAGGGGUACUCGAUACCGGGAUCUGGCCUGAGAGGCCGAGCUUUUCCGAUGAGGGGCUGUCUCCUGUUCCGUCAGGCUGGAAGGGGAAAUGCGAGGUUAGCGAUGAGUUCCCAGCGGCUUCUUGUAAUCGGAAAAUCAUAGGUGCUCGAACUUUUUACAGAGGCUAUGAAGCUUCACUUGGAAAGCCGAUGGAUGAAUCUGUGGAAUCGAAAUCGCCAAGAGACACGGAGGGCCACGGCACACAUACAGCAUCUACGGCGGCUGGAUCUAUUGUGGAGAAAGCUGGUCUGUUUGAGUACGCGCGUGGUUCAGCUAGAGGCAUGGCCGUUAAAGCCAGAAUAGCGGCCUACAAAAUUUGCUGGAGCGCUGGCUGUUACGAUUCCGAUAUUCUCGCCGCCAUGGAUCAAGCUGUUGAAGAUGGAGUUCACGUGAUUUCUCUUUCUGUUGGCGCAUCUGGCUACGCUCCGCCGUACGACCGUGAUUCCAUUGCGAUUGGGGCUUUUGGCGCUAUGGAGCACGGUGUUCUCGUCUCCUGCUCUGCCGGAAAUUCCGGUCCAGAUCCGUAUACUGCGGUGAACAUCGCGCCGUGGAUUCUCACCGUCGGUGCUUCUACUAUCGAUCGUGAGUUCCCUGCUGAAGUGGUUUUAGGCGAUGGACGUAUCUUCCGCGGGGUCUCAUUGUACUCCGGCACGCCCCUCGGCGAUGACAAACUCCCGGUAGUCUACGGCGGCGAUUGCGGAAGCAAAUACUGCUAUUCCGGUGCACUUAACACUUCCAAAGUCACAGGAAAACUAGUGAUGUGUGAUCGGGGAGGCAAUGCGAGAGUGGCGAAAGGCGGAGCCGUAAAAGAAGCCGGCGGCGUCGGAAUGAUCCUGGCUAAUUUGGCUGACUCCGGCGAAGAGCUGGUAGCCGACGCACAUCUAAUUCCGGCAUCAAUGGUCGGUCAAAAGGACGGAGACCAAAUCCGAAGCUACGUAAGAACGGAUCCGUCACCAACUGCCACCAUAUCAUUCAAGGGAACAGUGAUCGGAACUUCACCGCCGGCACCACGAGUUGCAGCUUUCUCAAGCCGCGGACCAAACCACGUCACCGCCGAUAUACUCAAACCGGACGUGAUAGCGCCGGGGGUUAACAUCCUAGCCGGUUGGACCGGCGCCGUCGGGCCGACCGAUCUGGAUAUCGACGAGAGAAGAGUGGAAUUCAAUAUUAUCUCCGGCACGUCCAUGUCGUGUCCUCACGCAAGUGGAUUGGCUGCUUUACUCCGUAAGGCCCACCCGGAGUGGACCCCAGCCGCCAUCAAAUCAGCUCUAAUGACCACAGCUUACAACGUGGACAACUCAGGAAGCAAUUUUACGGAUCUUGCCACUGGCAAAGAAUCCAGCCCGUUCAUUCACGGAUCCGGGCACGUGGAUCCGAACAGGGCACUGGACCCGGGUUUGGUUUACGAUUUGGUGAUGUCCGAUUACGUGGACUUUCUCUGCGCCAUUGGAUAUGACAGCAAGAGGAUUGCAGUGUUCGUGAGGGAUCACGCUUCGGUGAAUUGCAGCACACCGGGGUUGGGUACACCCGGAUCUCUGAAUUACCCAUCGUUCUCGGUUGUUUUCCGCGGUAAAAACAGCCAGGUAAAAUACAAGAGGUCCGUGACUAAUGUAGGGAGUGAAAAGGAUGCGGUAUACACGGCAAAAGUGAAUGCUCCCUCAGGCGUGGAGGUGAAAGUGGUGCCGACGAAACUGGAAUUUACUGAAGGGAGUCAAACGCUGUCGUACGAGGUUACUUUUACGAGUGUUGGAUUAGGGGUUAAAUCGUCAUUUGGAUCAAUUGAAUGGGUCGAUGGGGUCCACCUGGUUAGAAGCCCAAUCGCUGCAGUUUGGAGUCUCAACUCGGAAGCUGCAAUGGCCAUGUAAAAGUAAAAUGGAGCGGAUUAACCCAUUCACCCCUGGUUGGCUGAUCUCAAUUAUUCAUACACACUGUUUCUGUGUCAACAAGACAAGAGCUUUGGUCUGACAAGCCAAGGAGACGAGAGCUUUCAUCUGCUUUAAGUUCAUCUAACUUCUUAAAGUCAACCUUACAAUAAAAUGUUUCAUGGUUGAUUUGUCAAAGGUUGCUGUAAAUAUUUAAUUGUGAAGUAAUAUUAUCGUUUGUGUAUAAGAUG